AUGAACCUACAGGCCGAGCCCCUGAACCUGAAGCAGACGACAGUCACGUGCAUCCCGAGGCUGCGCGGCGGCGGCGGUGGCCGGCGACCCCGACGGGGAGCCGCUGCCACGCAGGUGUCUAUGCUGGACCGUGUCCGGUACGUCGUGCUGCGUCUUGCGAUGCUGUCGGCUGCGUUUACGGCAACGACGACCAAGGGCGCCCCAGUGACGACGACGAUGCGACGGCCGGCGGCGGCGGCAGCGACGCCGUCUAGAGCGGCCGACCGCGUGAGCCCGGCGGCGGCGUCAGUGGCGUACACGGACUCGUACCGGAGCGAGGCGGUGGACGACUGUAUCGAGUUCCUUAAGCGGUCGGCGGCCAGCGUUGUCGUCACGGCCACCGCCGUGGAAGCGACCACGGCGGCGGCGGCCGGCGGCAGUACGUGCCAUGUGAAUCAGAAUUAG